AUGCUCACUCGACUUCUUGUUCUACUCUUUGGAUGUACUGCGGUCAACUCACAGCAACUGUUAUCCAAUCCAAGAUGCAAUCACUGGCCAGACCGUGGCACGUGUGAGCUUGAAUUCCAGGUUAAAUGGUAUUAUGAUCGUUACGAUCACCGGUGUCGUCGAUUCUUCUACGGUGGAUGUGAAGGGAAUGAGAAUCGAUUCAACUCCUUGGAAGAAUGUUCUUCGCAGUGCCAUUACGAGGAACCAUCUAAUAGAGAUCGGUGUUUCCAACCUCAUGAUCCCGGCCACUGUCAUUCUGAUAUCGAACGUUGGUUUUUCGAUCAAGACAAAAAACAAUGUGUCUGCUCCUGGUGGUCGGGUUGUGGUGGGAACUCCAACAUCUACUAUUCCUACAAUCAUUGUAUGCUGAUUUGUGGUGAAUAUGCUGAGCAUGGACCAGGAAUUGAUGAAAAGUAUUGGGGACGACAAAUGAAUCACACAAUGUCUGCUGAAUCCGCUCAAAUAUUCAACAAUCCAACGGGAUCUUUUGGUCAAUAUUCUGAAGAACCAUAUCCGGUGCAAGUUCCUGUUGACAACUCGUACUACAACAACCAUCAACGGCAUUCAGAUGGCUGGAACAACCAGCAACAACUUCUAACUAUUAACAUCAGUCACAGCGAUGAUGGACCGCGUUACUUUCAUGCAGCUCCUGCUGUGACUGUUCCAUUUUUAAGCCGUGCUCAGGUGUUCAAAACUCAAGCGGACGGACUGACGAUUCACCGCUAUGAUUCUGAACAACGCCCAAUGCAAGUGAUUGAUCAGAAUUCCAACUGGCAGAUUCAGGAGCAAGCACCAGUUCAAGACAGCGGUUAUAUGAAGAGAAGAUUCAAAAUUGCUAAGAAGAAGAUUCCUCCACGAAUGAUUCAUUUGGGAACUCGACCAUCAAGUCCUUCGAACUCUUAUCGGAUUCAAUUAGAUGGAGAUUCUUCAGAUAGCAACAGACCAGUUUCUUAUCAAGUUGUUAGAGAACAAGAUGCACACGUUCAGCAGCACAACCAAAUCUCGCAAUCUUUGCAAGACGAGGCAGAAGAGACGCAGAAGAGGAUCCAGGAAACGUUGAGACGCAAUUACUAUGAGCAGGCAAGAUAUCGAAGGCCACCGGUUCAGAGGCUUCCUCCUCCACCGCCUCCGCAUCAAAACACACACCCCGACAAUCAAAAUUACCAUCCAGAACUUGUGAAUCAAUUCAAAUCUCAUUUGGAUGAGCAUGAAAAAGCUUUGAGAAGAAAGUUGGAAGCUCAGUUCCCAGAUCACAUUAUCACAUUGAUUCCACAUAUUGAAACUGUGAGACAUCCGGAUGGAAGGAAUGUAGUUAGACAAAGGAUCCAAUGGACUGCUCAACCAAAAGGAGCACGAAUUUCAGAACAUGCACCAAUUCCUCCUGUAGCUCAGCUCCCACCAAUACAGCCAAUUCAACCAAUUGAAGUUCAACCAACCUAUUCAGCUCCUACAUUUGCUCCGCAAGAACCAGAAGAGACAGAGGAACCAACAAUGUCCCCACAUGAAAUUGCACGUCUGAAACAUGAAGAAAUGCAGAGAAAGUUCAAAGAAGAGAUGGAAAAACGACAAGCGGAACAGAAAAGACAACAAGAAGAACAAAAGAGACAACAAGAGGAACACAAAAUGAAGAUUCAAGAAUUGAAAGCAACCCAACAGAAGGAGAGAGAAAGAAUCAUGGCUGAGAGGGAGAGGGCUGAAGCUGAAAGAAGAAUUCAAUAUGAAAAUGAAAUGAGACAAAGAGCUGAAGAGUAUAAGGCAAAAAUGAGAAUGACAACGACUCCAACACCAACUACCACCAUUGAAACUACAACAGAAUACAUUCAAUUCGCAUAUCCAACUGUUCCAGUCAGACAAGUCGUUUAUGAUGCUGAUGUUAGAAGACCAAUCCCAACAAGCAAAUCAAUGGCUGAACCAAUUGACCACGUUCGACCGAUUAUUGAAAAUGUGACACCAGCUUCGCUGAGUCUUGAAGACAUAAUUGCAAUGGACAAUCAGAAAUCUGAUUACGAAGAUGAGUAUGAUGUGCCAAUGGACUUCCCAGAUACGGAAGCUCCGCCAUUGACAACAAGAGCUCCUCCGGUCACUCCUCGAUACGUUCCACCUCCACCGCCACAAGUUUCCCAACCAAAAGCACCGGUAAACGGAGGAAUGGGAAUGUCUCCGAUUGUACUGCCCCCGAAUAGUGGAAAGAAAUCGAAACUAUUCGCACCACCGUCCAGUGAAGAGUACACUCAAGAAGUCGAUUUUGAUCCAUAUAUGAACUUGUUGUUGAUUCUCUCACUGGUUAGUAUCGCUUUGGCGGGUUCCAGUAACUCUGUCAACACUUGGGGAGGUGUUAUCCAAUAUGAUGAGGAUUGGGGUUAUGUAGAUAUUCGUGCCAAUGCUCACACCUUCUGGUGGCUUUAUGCAGCAAAGCCAGCUAACUCUCAACGUCCUCUGUUCGUCUGGCUUCAGGGUGGACCUGGAUCUUCCAGCUCUGGAUUCGGAAACUUUGAAGAAACUGGACCAAAAACUUUGAAUGGAACUGACAAUAAAGCCACAUGGCUCCAAGUCGCCGAUAUGGUAUAUGUGGACAACCCAGUCGGAGCCGGAUUCUCGUAUGUUGAUGACAAAUCUGCUUACACCACAGACAUCACCCAAAUUGGAAAGGAUUUGCUCACAUGGCUUCGUAGAUUCUUGGCUCUUCACUCCGAAUACCGUACUCGACCAUUCUACAUUUUCUGUGAGAGUUAUGGAGGAAAAAUGAGCGCUCAAUUCGGAAAAGUUAUCACUGAUGCAGUGAAAGCUGGCAGUCUUCAAUUGAACUUCCGUGCCGUUGCAUUGGGAGACUCGUGGAUUUCAGCUAUGGAUUAUGUGAAUACCUGGGGACCGUAUCUUUAUGCCAAUUCAUUCCUUGAUGACCAUCAACUCAAUUUGGUGAAUGCUGAAGCUGCAAAAUGUCAGGCUCUUGUGGAUCAGCAAAAAUGGUCAAAGGCAACGAAUUGCUGGGGAAACAUGGAGAAUUUGAUUGGAGUGGAGACGAAUGGAGUCUCUUGGUACAAUAUUUUGAAGAAAGGUGACACUGACGAUUGGAGUUCUUCUGCUGCUAUGAGAUCCAAUAGAGUUAUCACAUCGACCCGUAGACUAUACAAUCGAUUCGUUGCUCCACAAAACGAUGACACCCUCUCCAGUUACAUGGACACUGUAGUUCGACAAAAGUUGGGAAUUAUUCCGGACAAAGUGAAGUUCGGAGCACAAGCCGGGGAUGUGUUCAGUUUUCAAGAGGGAGAUUUCAUGACACCGAUUUGGGAGACUGUUGAUCAAUUGUUGAAAGAUGGACACAAUGUUGUUGUGUACAAUGGAAAUGAGGAUUUGAUUUGUAAUACAAUGGGAACAGCUGCAUGGGUAAACCGUCUCACUUGGGAUGGAGCCAAAACAUUCAACUCCACUACCAGACACUCAUUCAAAACUGAUUCGUUCCCAUUGGCUGGAUAUUACAAGACAUACAAGAACCUUCAGUUCUGGUGGAUUCUCCGAGCUGGGCAUAUGGUCGCCUACGAUACACCAGAAUCUGCCAUUUUUAUGUUGAAGGCUGUUGUCAAGCAGUACAAUGCUUAA